GGACAAUAUUUACCAGGUCCUUGUGGUAGAUGCCGUAGCUAGCGUAUAAUACCAAGUCGAGUCUGGAAAGUAAACUAUUGAAGAGCAUUGGUGUGCCAAGUGAAUCGAGCUCAGUGGGCCUCUUUAGCAACUAUCCUUGCGUGAGCCACCCGCCGGAAGAAUGGCUAAGACUAGCCAUGUGUAGGACAGCACAGGCCGAGGCAGAGUGAUUGCCUUUGUAAUGGGCUGACUGCAGCGAGCGGCUGGUCGGUUUGAGAUUGACCGCGCCGAGGUACUGAUACACGGGAGUAGGCAAUGAGGGCAGAUAUUUCAGCCUUGCGAGCGAUGUUGUUCAAUAGAUCCAAGACCAGGGAAAUGAAACCAUGGUUCCGGCCUGGUGGUUACUUUUGGCACGCAUUUUUGCGUUAAUAUUCCGGAAGCGUGAACAAUCAACAAUCAACCAAGUGGAAGUGACCCGUAUGAACCGAAUAAGCCUAUUGCCACUGGCCGUUCCCAUGCGGUCGGGAACGUUGGGGCACACCAACGAGAGAGACGGAGCGCCAGGCGGGCCGGUGGGAAGAAAACGGCUUCUCCAAUAGCGGCGUGGUGCAGUUGGGAGGCGACGCAGGCUGCCCAGAACAGCGAGGAUAGCCAGCGGAUUAGUGGAUGGCGGGCUGCGAUGGCGGCGGCUGGCAGUGGUUGGAUCCGAGCGUGCAGCGAUGACGACACUGG